AACACCAAUUCCUCAAACAAAUAGCAAACCUAUCAAAAAAAAACAUUCAUAACAAGUUUUUCAAGUUUUUCAAUCAAUGGCAGGUAUUGCAUCUGGAAUCUGUAGCCUUGCUGUCGGCGGCGAUGCACGGCGCCGACCAACACAGGCACAGCAGGGCUGUUCCAGCGAUAACACUCCUGCUCCUCCUGCUCCUACGCCUUCGCCUGCACCUGCGCAGCAGUCAUACGAAGAGUUUGCCUAUUCUAAUACUGGAAAACAAAACAUCAAAGGUCUUUCCAACCUAACUGGCUAUGUUAAGGGUAAUGCUAAUGGAGUUAUCAACCUUGGUUCCUUGAUAGCCUCUGCAAAUGCUCAGAGACAAGCAUGAAUGAAUGAAUCCAUGAAGCAAUAAUGUAUAUCUGGUGGAGGCAGCUCAAUAUAAUUACUAACUAAAUAAAUAUUAUCUUAUGUUGCCUCAUCCUAUUAUAAUGUGUGUCUUACACCAUCAUAGCCAUUAUACUACAAUAAAAUGUUGGUUAAAUUUUAAA